AUGCGCGGUGACGGCAUUAUUGGAUCCUCGCCGCUACCAUCAAAUCUGUCACGAACGGCAGAUCCUCUUCCGUCGACAGAAGGACAUUACGAUGUGUCGUGCGAUUCGCAUGAGGGAAUACCUCUAACGCGCAUGAAUAUCAGCCGCUCGGCCGCAGACGGGGUCGAUGGUGCAUCGGCCUUGACUGGCGAGGCCGAUCGUGUCGUCUCGCACUUGGAUCACCAACACACAAUGAGCCAGGAUGAAAUGGAAGAAAAUAGACAUCUGGCAGCCUUGACGACUAUCAUGCAGAACCCCCAUAUGGUGAAUGAAGGCGAAGCCUUUACUGUGGCUGAAACUCCGGUCGUCAACGCUGUGACCGCGACCGUCCCAUCCGCCUUAAUCCAAUCUGGUGUACAACUUGUGACAAUGGAAUCGCUUUUUCAGGACGGUACUGUCGAGAAUACCCGCUCGGCUCCACACGGUGCGGACGACCUGUCAACCGAAAUGGAUGAACGGUCAUCCGGUUUGCUAUCUGGCCAGGAUGAUCUCGUGAUGGAUCGAAUCGUGCAAGACUUACUGGGCCAGACCACGAGGUGGAGCAACAUUGCGACGAUCACCAACAGCAAUGAUCUCUGUCGCGACGACAUGAUCAUGGAUUAUGAGUCCAGCUUGGCAGGGGAUCAUCCGUCACCCUCGACCAUUCCUGAUGACGAGCUGGAAGACUUCCUCCGAUUCUAUCCUGAUGAAGAAACCCACUUCUAUCAAUAUGUUGCGGGGCACUCACAACGCGAUAAUGCAUGGCACGAUGUGAAUCUCGACGAGUUCUAUCAGGAAAUCACUUAUGCCUCGACGAUUGCCGAGCCGCCUCAAAAUGCGCCCGCCGUUCCCGACUUUGCCGCUGCAGGCCCUGAUUCCAUGGGGAAUCAAUCAGAAGAAGACAAUGACUGGCAUCCUGCCUCGAUUGUGCAUACUACUACAUUCGAGCGCAAUCUGACGAUAGACGAGUUCAUCCAGCGUUGGAUGGACCAAUCCAACAUCUCACCUCACGGCUCCCACUCGGAGAAUAGGGUAUCUGCUCAGCUUCGCCCGUUGACCCGGAUGAUGUAUUGGCAGCAGCCCCCGGAAAUCCAUCGACCACGCGAAUUCACCAAUCGGGCCUUUGAUCUGCAACAAAUGCCCUGGGCUGAGACCCUGAAGGUGAAACGCUCGGAUGCUAGAGAUCUUCGCGAUCGGUGGUACACAUCAUACCACAAUCUUGACUAUUCACCCCACGAGCUGGCGGAACGAUUGCCCCAGGAAGAGGUCUUUUUCCGAGAAAAGUCCAUGUACACUGAAUGCAAAGCAACCGUGGAACAUUUCCAGCUGCGCAAUCUGAUGUCCGUGCCCGCAUCUAACACGGUCCAAUUUGCCAGUCGAUCCAAGAUAUACUCGUGGGCGCCCGAGUUCCAGGAUAUUUCAUGCUUGAUUGAUCUGAGUCGACCCAUACCUGAACUGGGUUUCCACAACCCUGUCAAGGUCUCAAGCAUGAAAUCGGCAUUUGGGCUCACUGUGGCAGGCGGGUUCUGCGGCGAGUAUGCACUUCGGCGGGAUACGGGCGAGGGUGCAGGUGCCAAGGGCCUUGUGACACCCGACUUCAACGACGGCAUCACGAACCAUGUCGACGUCAUUCGAAAUCGUACCGGUCGUGAGCCCAUCUGCGUGUUCGCGUCCAAUGACCGUCAUCUCCGUGUGCUGGACUGCGAAACCAACCUUUUCGUAUCUGAUCAAGAACUCUCUCGACCCAUCAACUGCACCGCCACAUCGCCCGACAGUCGACUUCGUGUGGUGAUUGGGGACUCGCCGGACGCGUGGAUCAUUGAAGCUGAUACGGGCCGGCCUGUGCAUCCCCUUCGGGGCCAUCGUGACUUUGGGUUCGCCUGUGCGUGGUCCCCGGACAUGCGGCAUAUUGCCACGAGUAACCAGGACAAGACUGUAAUCAUCUGGGAUGCUCGUACCUGGCGUGCCCUUGAAACGAUCGACUCUGAUGUGGCCGGGUACCGCUCCCUUCGCUUUUCUCCGGUUGGCGGUGGACCUCGAACGUUGCUUUGCGCUGAACCUGCAGAUCGCAUUUCGAUCAUUGAUGCGCAGAUGUUCCGGUCCCGACAAGUGCACAAUUUCUUCGGUGAAAUUGGCGGUGCUGAUUAUUCCCCCGACGGCCGUGCGAUCUGGGUCGCCAAUACAGACCCCCAUUUCGGUGGAUUCAUGCAAUAUGAGCGUCGAAACUGGGGACAGUCUUUUGGUCUGGCUGAUCUCCCCAAUGAAUGGUUGCCGGAAGGAGAUCUGGACGGGGACGACCGGUGCGUGGUCGGUUCGCGACAGAGAGACUUGCGUUUUUUGCGGACGAUGGCGGAUGAUGAGUAUGAGAUGUUUAUUUUGUGA